GGGAAGGACCUGGGGAGGGAUGUGAAACUUGGCCCCGCUGGGCUGCCCAUCCGGGUCCCUGGCGAAGGACAGGAGCUGAGUCCAGUUGGAGUGGACCCCGGAGGCAGGGACACCAUGAGAGCCCCUCGGGGGUGGCUGGUGGUCUGUGUGCUGGCCGUAAUCCUGGCCUCUGCAGUGACCCAGGACGUGUGUCGAGCGCCCAACGGGAAGGAUGGGCUCCCAGGAAAACCGGGGCGACCUGGGCGGCCUGGCCUCAAGGGAGAACGGGGAGAGCCGGGAGCCGCUGGCAUCCGGACGGGCAUCCGAGGCCUCAAAGGAGACCAGGGGAAGCCUGGGCCUCCAGGAAACCCGGGCAAAGUGGGCUACCCAGGGCCCACCGGGCCCCCGGGGGAACAAGGUGCCUUAGGACCGAGGGGCAUGAAGGGCAACCCAGGGAACAUCAGGGACCAGCCCCGACCCGCCUUCUCGGCCGUUAGGCGGAACCCCCCGGCGAGCAGCAGCAACGUGGUCAUCUUCGACACGGUCAUCACCAACCAGGAAGGCCGUUACCAGAGCCAGUCGGGACACUUCCUGUGCUCCGUACCCGGCUUCUACUAUUUCACCUUCCAGGUGGUCUCCAAGUGGGACAUCUGCCUGGCCAUCGUGUCCUCCUCCCAGGGCCAGCUCCGCCGCUCCCUGGGCUUCUGCGACAUCCAUAGCAAGGAGCAGCUCCAGGUAGUGUCGGGCGGCACCGUGUUCCAGCUGCAGCAGGGCGACCAGGUCUGGGUGGAGAAGGACCCUGCUAAGGGCCGCAUCUACCAGGGCCCCGAGGCCGACAGCAUCUUCAGCGGCUUCCUCAUCUUCCCGUCCGCCUGAGCUGGGAUUGCCUGCCGCCACUGCCCCCACGGCCACCACCACCCCCUGGCCUCCUUCCUCCCCGCUUCCCAGGCUCCUCUGUUCUGCAGAAUGGGAUGCUACUGCUCUAGGCACCCAAGGCCCGAGGCUGGGUCCCACCUACCCAGGACCUUCGACCUCUGCACCCUCCACAGCCCUUCCUGAAAUAAAGGCCCUCGUCUGUCUUCUGGGUUUCAAGUGUA